GUUGAUUCUGCCCUCAGUGCUCUCAUUUCUACCCGCUAUUCCUUAUUCCGUGACGGUGACCGUGCAGAUCUUUGGGGACAAAAAUAGUAUGGUGCAAGCAGGACCAUCAAACGCUCCCAAGGCGAAGAAGCAUGCAAAGACGAAGAAACCUGCGGUCAGGUCUUCGAAGGUCAGAAAGCUGACUGAGGCUAAGAGCAUACAGGCAUUGGAGCAAGCUGCUCUGCAAUUUGAGGUACCGCCUGACUUGAAGGCAUUUGCUGACCUGCCCAUCUCGGAUUACACUAAACGAGGUUUGAAGAAGGCUUUCUUCGUCGAGAUGACUGACAUCCAAGCGAAAAGCCUGCCGGUCUCGCUGAAGGGCAAGGACGUCUUGGGCGCGGCUCGGACAGGGAGCGGCAAAACGCUUGCUUUCCUCAUACCCGUGCUUGAGAUACUGUAUCGAAAGAAGUGGGGAUCGCAAGAUGGUCUCGGCGCAUUGAUCAUCUCUCCGACGCGCGAGCUUGCCGUGCAAAUAUUCGAUGUCCUCCGGUCGAUUGGCGGGUAUCACAGUUUCUCAGCAGGUCUGGUGAUUGGAGGGAAGAACCUCAAGGACGAACGUGAGCGGCUGUCGCGCAUGAACAUCCUUGUUGCUACGCCCGGGCGACUGUUGCAACAUAUGGAUCAGACGAUUGGGUUCCAGUGUGAUAAUUUGCAGAUGCUCGUCCUUGACGAAGCUGACCGCAUAUUGGACAUGGGAUUCCGUCGCACGCUCUCCGCUCUUCUGUCGCAUCUUCCUGAGUCCCGCCAAACUCUCCUCUUUUCCGCCACCCAGACCGAAUCUGUAUCGGACCUCGCACGGCUCAGCUUGAAGGAUCCUGUCUAUACCGGAAUGCAGUCAGGCGACGGCGAAGGUGUGACACCCAAGGGCCUCGAGCAACACUACAGCGUAGUCGAGCUCGACAAAAAGCUCGAUGUGCUCUGGAGCUUCAUCAAGACACAUCUUCAAAGCAAGGUUCUCGUCUUCCUCUCGAGCUGUAAGCAAGUGCGGUUCGUGUUUGAGACUUUCUGCCGGAUGCAUCCCGGUAUUCCUCUACUACAUCUGCAUGGAAAGCAGAAGCAGAUGAUGCGCCUGGCAAUGUUUCAGAAGUUUACGGGCAUGAAGCAUGCCGUUCUGUUUGCGACGGACAUUGCGGCGCGAGGGCUUGACUUCCCGGCUGUGGACUGGGUAGUUCAGGCCGACGCGCCAGAGGAUGUGGAGACGUACAUCCACCGUGUCGGCAGGACAGCACGGUACGAAAGUGUGGGCAAAGGCUUGCUGCUCCUGAUGCCCAGCGAGGAGGAGGGGAUGUUGAAGGCUUUGGAGAAGAGAGAUAUCAGUAUCCAGAAGAUCAAAAUUAGGGCGAGCAAAACACAGAGCAUCGAGAAUCAAUUGCAAAAACUGGCUUUCCAGGAUCCGGAGAUUAAAUACCUUGGACAGCGAGCUUUCGUCUCUUACCUGCGAUCGGUCCAUCUGCACAAAGACAAGUCCAUCUUCAAGCUCACCGAGCUGCCCGUGGAGCGUUUUGCAGAGGCUCUUGGUUUACCCGGUAUGCCCAAAAUCAAGUUCCUCGGCAGAGAGAUGGCUAAGCAGAAGAAGAACGCCUCGCAUGCUGUUAUGAAUGCGUCUGUCCUCGGCGCCCACACCCAAAAGGGACAGAAGUCCGACGUAAGUGAAGACGAAAGUGGCGAAGAAAACGACUUGGCAGAAAACGACCUGGCAGAAGACAGCUCGAGCGAGAAAGAGGGCAAUGCGGUGUUCGAGUCACAUGCGGCAAAGUCCGGUCGUACUCAAAUUAGCGCAAGUCAGGAGAGGCCGGAUCGUGUUCGCACCAAGUACGACCGCAUGUUCGAGCGUAAGAACCAAAACAUCCUGUCAGAACAUUAUACCAAACUCGUCGAUCAUGCCGCCGAUAGCGAGGAAGAGGACGAUUUCAUCACGCUCAAGCGGGCAGAUCAUGAGCUUCCUGAUGAUCCAAAUGCACUCCCACAGUCCGAAUUUGCCUCGAAUCGCAAGCUAAGGAUGGCCAACUCAAAGAAAGCGUUGGCAAAGACGGGUCCGAGAGGCAGCAAGCUAGUGUUUGACGAGGAAGGAAACGCACAUCAGUUGUACGAACUGAAGACUGCAGAUGAGGUAUUCAAGGGCGUUGACGAUGUGAAGGAGGCUGGCAGGCAGUUCGCGGAGGGAGCAAGGGGCAAAAUGAAGGAGGCCGAUGUGAGGGAUAGAGAGGAGGCUAAAGAAAAGAAGAGGGAGAAGAAAAGGAAGAGGAAGGAGCGCGAACGUGAAGAGAUGGCUUACGAUGCCUCUGACGGAGAUAAGCCAGUUGCGACAUUGGCACCACUAGAGGAAGAUAACGGCUAUGUCAGCGUAGAGUUUGAUGUGCCGUCAGAGUCUGACGAAGAUGAAGGGUUUGAGGCGGCACCACGACCCUCGAAGCGGACCAAAACAUCGACUGCGAACGGGAGGGAUGGCAAUGGUCAGUCCGGGCUUAGCAGACUGGAAGAUGAAGAGGAACUGGCGCUGCAGCUCCUGCGCAGAAAGCGUUAAGUUAGCCUGUGUAUCUUGCUAUCACUCGUCGUUGUGCCUGGUCAGUGAUGGAUCGUGGUAUACUGUCUUGAAAUUGUACAAAGACAUCGGUCACCAGAUGGAUUACCAAAACGAUCAGUGAGGUUUGCAUAUUUGCAUACGAAGUUGGAGACAGCUUUAUCCUGCGGAUGAGCUGCCUAAUUAUAUAGAAAACGUAGGAUUAAUUAAUUUAUCGAUGCG